CUUCAUUUCAUCUUGAAUUCCCAUUCCGUUUUUGUUUUUGUUUGUUUUCUUGUGAAUUUAAGAAAAUUAUGGAGCCCAGCAACCACUCAUCAUCAAGAAUUCAGAAAAAUAUGAAGGAGAGAGAUCGAAGAAUGUACAUGAAAGACCAGCUUUCCCAGCUUGCUUCUCUCAUUCCUCUUCAGAGCGCUAGGUUUACAGUGCCUGAGAUCUUGGAUAAAGCAACAAGUUACAUAAAGCAAUUGCAGGAGAAUGAAGAACGUCUUAAAAGAAGGAAAGAGCAAUUGAAAGGAGAAGAGAAGACAACAUGUAAUACUAGUACUGAUGAAUUACGUACUAAAAUGACUAUCAGACACUAUGAUUCUACUGUGGAGGUGAAUCUGAUUUGUGCGUUGGAUAAAAACUUUCUGUUACAUGAAGUUAUAAGUGUUCUUCAGGAAGAAGCAGCUGAAGUUGUGGAAGCUUCACAGCAUACUGCUGGUGAUAAACUCAUCUUCAUAAUCAAGUCCAAGGCCACCAGUCCUAGAAUUGGUAUUGAAGUUUCAAGAAUUGAACAGAAACUCAAGGAACUGAUUCUCUGAAUGAUCCACAAAAACUGAUUAACCCUUUAUCUAUGCGUGUAAGACAAUCUAAACACAAAUAUAUAUUGAUUCAAU